AUGGAUUUCAAAAUUGUUUGCCUUACCGUAAUUUUGGGUUGUUUUGCUAAUUAUGGCAAGUUUUUUAAACUUUUUUUUAAUUUUCAGCAAACGAUUUCCCUUUUUUUCUUAAAAUUUUUAACUUUUCAAUCAAAAUAUGUCAUUUUCGACCUCUUCUACCCCAAAAAUCCCAAAACUUUUACCCCGCCCAAAAUCUCUGAACCUAAAACUAUCAUUUUAGCCAUCGCCACCCCAAUCCGUCAAGAAUCCAGCGAGAUUCAAGGCAUUGAAAAGUCCUAUGCACUAGACGUUGGUGCUCCAGAUAAGGAAGAAAAAGCUGACCAAUCAGAGGGAAAACUUGGCUCAAUUUGGAGGCUAGGUAAAAGACAAGCUGGCUUUGGACUGGAAGCACGAUUGAAAGAGAUUAAGGCCAAGAAACAGGCUGAAAAGACUGGAAAUGGCAAUGGGAUGGGAGGUAUGGACAUUAAGGAGCUGGAGAAGAGCUUGAGCAUUGGUAAUGGCGCUAGUGUUGGGAAGGAUGGUGCUGGUGGAGAUAAGAAAGAAGGACAAGGACCUGGUGGAGCAGCUGGAAAAGGUACUGAGCCUAUGGUGCCUGAAGCUAACAAGCUAGGAAUGCCUAAAGCCACCGAGCCAGUACUGCCUAAAGCUCCCGAGCCAGGACUACCUAAAGCUCCUGAGGCAGUUCUACCUAAAUUAACAGACCUCUCUUCUCCCAAAGAAUCCGAAUCCAGCAAGCUUUCUGAAUCCAUCAACGGUAAAAAACCGGAUUCUGAAUCCUCAAACGCCGUUACACAGAUAACUACACAACUAGUCGACAAAACAGGCGAACUAGGCAAGGAUCUCAGCGAUGACAAGAAGAAGUUCAAAGCAAAGCUAACCAGAGUCGACAAGAAGUCUUCCGAUGCUCCACCAGGCUUCUUCAACAAGAAAAGUGGAGAAAAGAAAGAAGAAAAGAAAGAAAAGAAGGAAGAAAUGAAAGAAAAUAAAGAAGAAAAAGUAGAAAAGAAAGAAGACAAAGUAGAAAAGAAAGACAAAGAUGUAGAAAUCAAAGAUGAUUUGAGCAAAAUACCAGUUCAAGUUGUUGAUGAUGAUACUGGAGUUAAGAAUACUUUAGUGGAUAGCUCGUUUGAAAACGAUCAGAAACUUAUGGUAAGGCCAGAUUACCUCUGUAUAACGAAUAGAUCUGACUUUCAGGCCAGUCCGGCCCAGAAGCCAGGUCUAAUAACGAAUCGACCUACCAUACCUUACCUUUCUCUAUCCUACACUCGCCACUUUAAUCUAACUUGCCCUACCCUGCCCUAACUUCCUUAGCCUACCCUAUCCCCACUUUACUUUAGCUUGCCCUACCCUACCCUAGAAACUAUAAUAAUAUUUUCAAUUUACAGAAUCAAAAAGCCAAAGAAGAAACCGAUUCCCUAUCAAAAUCCUCAACAGACCCAGUAGCUACUCAAAUUGAAAGCACAAAAUCAACCCAAUCAAAGACCGAAAAACAAGAAGAAACCCCUGAAAGUAACGUCACAAGUCUCAGCGAUGAAGAAAAAAUGAAGACAGAAACAUCUGAAAAAUCAAAAACUUCUGAAAAUGGCACAAACAAAAUGGAAAAUGGCUCUGAAAAACGAGAAAAAUCACCAUGGGAAGCCUUUUUCGACCAACUAUUGGGCAAGAGAUCUACUUCUGAAUCGGUUGAAGUUGGCAAAAGACCUGGAUUCUCUUUCAGCGUAUUUUUGUAA